AUGAUAGAAGAAGUGUUUGCUCAAAAAUUAUCACCAAUCAAUCCUUCAAAAAAUAUUAAAUCAACUACUAAUUAUUCACUUUUUAAUAAUAAUAAAUCAACCUUUGACUUUUCAUUAUGGGAUUGGAAAACUCCAUCUCAUAAGAAUUCAAUCCAAGUAGAGAGUGAUCAUAAUGUUUCUUUAGAUAACUGGAGACGCGCCUCAGCACCUAAUAUUAGAUAUUCUGCAUGUACUUUUUGUCAUGAUAAAUAUUCACGAUUGUAUACUUCAUCCUGUGGUCAGCAUUAUUUUUGUCAUUUUUGCUCAGCCAUGCUAACGCAAGGUCAAUGCCCCUUUUGUACACAGCAAAAUACUCCAACUUAUUUACCUUCAACACCCAUUACUACUUCAAAUACUGUACGCAAUUUUAUACCUAUUUUACCUUCUAGUUAUCCUUGUAUCAAGUUAUCAAAUAUCCCUUGGGAUGUAUCUCAAAAUGACGUUCGAUACUUUUUUGGAAAUUGUCGUAGCCCCUCGCCUUCUAUUUGUAUUCAAUCUAUUCAUAUUAUGAUGAAUCGUACAACUGGAAAAACAUUAUCAGAUGCUUACGUUGAAUUUGCAAGUGUCCUUGAUAUGCAACGUGCAAUUGAAACUAGGAAUCAGAAGCCCCUAAAGGGACGCAUUGUAUCUGUUACCGAAUGUAGUCAAGAAGAAUUGCUAAUGACUAUAUUCCCCAAAUGGAGAGGACAAUUUCAAGGUAUCUAUGCUAUUCCUCCUACAAUAAAAGUAGUAAGAACAAUGUCAACUGCUGCUGGUGGCGGAAAUUCAGGAUGUUCUCCUCCUUUUGUUACUCGAGAAGAAAUUAACUCUUUAUUAGUCGUUUGUAAAAACUAUAAGUUACAUUUUUCUAGAAAAUGUGCAGAAAGACCAUUUGAAAAUAUUAUUAGUAUUAUAGCCAAGUAUCCAUGGCAUCAAUUAUAUCUCAUUUCCGUGAUGCAUAGAGAUCAUAUUUAUGAAAUGUUAAAAUUGUCUAUAGAGGCUUUGAAAUUACAUUUAGCAAAGGAUUAUGUUCAAAUUGAUCCCACUUUAUUAGAACGCCUUACAAGAGCAGGUAUUAUGUGCCCAGCUUUUACAGAACGUCAAAAGAAGACAUUACUACAAACAGCCUCUAUUGAAUGUCCAAAAGAUAUUGUACAUUUAUUAACAUCUCAAAACACAACCACCACCACUACUACUACUACUACUGCUGCUGCUGCUACUGCUUCAGCAGCUAUUCCAUCUAUAUUUAAUCCUACUGUCCUAUCUACUUGUUCAACUCACCAGGUUGGAUAUAAUUCAGAUACCUUCUCAUCUACUAUUUCAAGCACAUCUUCUACUCCUCUUAGGAAUUGCUCAGAACUUUUUUCUUCUCAAAUCUCAACUACGGCCUCAAUGAAUACAUGCUCACCUGAUAAAUAUGAUACAGAUAGUUCAUCUUCUCAAAUUUCAUCUAUUAUUUCAACCACUUUAUCUCCACCUUUACAGAGGUCAUCAUUAGACUUGGAUCAAUAUUUGAACAACACCUCUUUUAUGUCUUCAUUUUUUAAGGGGAGAAGAACGACGAGUAGAAUGAAGUUUGUUGAAGAAGACGACGACCCUGAGGAUGUCUUGUCAUUUACCCCAUCUGAAAGCUCACCUCUUAUUUCAUCUUUAAUUCGUGAUAUACAGAGUCAAUGCUCCAUUAUAGAUGAUGCUGCUGCUGCUGCUACUACUUUUUUACAAAAGUCACCUUCUUCAACUAAAUUACGUUGGAAUAAUACGUUCCCAUUAUUGUUACAACCCCUACCCUAUUCUCUUGAUGAAUCAUCAACAACAAAUAAUAGUAGUAGCAAUAAUAAUAAGGCAACUAAUCAGGAACAUUCACUUCCCUGGGCAUCUUCAUAUAAUAACAUCUGGAGAAUGCCCGUAGAACCUAACACACGUACUUCCUCAAAAAGAUUAUUAGCUGCUUAACUUUAUUCUCUCUCUCUCUUUAUCUAUCUAUCUAGUGAUGAUAAAUAAUUCUUUUGUUUUGUUUAAAUUAUAUUCAACAAAAAAAAAUAAAAUAAAAUGAAUAUAUUAUAAUUUACAUGAGUGGGUGCGUGC